GGUAUUCGCUGCUGGGGAAGGUCAUCAAGUGCGCGCCGGUCUGCGGCAUUACAGCGCGAGGACGACGGCCAGCCUCCGCAGUCAUGCGCUGAACCCAGAAAAAAUAAUCAGAAAUAAUCCGGAGAGCCGACAGACAGACAGACAGACAGAGGACCGGAGGACUGAAGGUGUGCUGGAGCCAUGUUUUUAUAGAGCCCAGAUUCCCUGAGAGCAAGAGACGACCGACCGCAGCAUGUCUGCAUGCCUGCAGCGAGACACUGGACUCUCCGGCUCUGCUGAAGCCAAGAGAGCAGAACCCAGAGCCAACGAGAAGAAAUGCUCGUGGGCAUCUUACAUGACCAAUUCUCCAACUCUAAUCGUCAUGAUUGGCCUUCCUGCAAGAGGCAAGACCUACAUGUCAAAGAAGCUAACCCGCUAUCUCAACUGGAUCGGAGUUCCCACAAAAGUGUUUAACUUGGGGGUCUACAGGAGGGAGGCGGUCAGAUCGUACAAGUCGUACGACUUUUUUAGGCACGACAAUGAAGAGGCCAUGAAAAUAAGGAAGCAGUGUGCUUUGGUAGCGCUGCAGGAUGUGAAGGUCUAUUUUAAUGAAGAAGGAGGACAAAUUGCAGUGUUUGAUGCUACAAACACGACCAGAGAGAGGCGUGAUCUCAUCCUAAACUUCGUAAAGGAGAAUGCAUACAAGGUAUUUUUCGUGGAGUCAGUCUGCGAUGAUCCGGACGUUAUUGCAGCAAACAUUAUGGAAGUGAAGGUGUCAAGUCCAGACUAUCCAGAAGCACACAGAGAAAGAGUCAUGGACGACUUUUUGAAACGCAUUGAAUGCUACAAAGUCACCUACCAGCCACUGGACCCUGAAGACUACGACAAAGAUCUGUCCUUCAUCCAGGUGAUGAACGUGGGCCGCCGUUUCCUGGUGAACCGCGUUCAGGACUACAUUCAGAGCAAGAUCGUCUACUACCUCAUGAACAUACAUGUUCACUCACACUCCAUCUACCUGUGCCGGCACGGCGAGAGUGACCAUAACCUGCAGGGUCGCAUCGGGGGCGACUCGGAGCUCUCUCCCCGUGGUAAACAGUUUGCAGCAGCUCUGCGUGAGUUUAUAGAGGAGCAUGGUUUGUCUGAUCUGAAGGUGUGGACCAGCCAGCUCAGAAGAACCAUUCAGACAGCCGAGGCUCUGGGAGUUCCCUACGAACAGUGGAAGAUCCUGAAUGAGAUUGAUGCUGGUGUGUGUGAAGAGAUGACAUAUGAUAUGAUUCAGAGCACAUUUCCUGAAGAGUUUGCGCUGAGAGAUCAGGACAAGUACCAUUAUAGAUACCCGGGAGGAGAGUCCUAUCAGGACCUGGUGCAGCGACUGGAACCAGUCAUUAUGGAACUGGAGAGACAGGGAAACGUGCUGGUCGUCUGUCACCAGGCUGUCAUGAGAUGUCUUCUAGCGUAUUUUUUGGACAAAAGUGCAGAUGAUCUACCCUACCUGAAGUGUCCUCUUCACACUGUUCUGAAGCUCACUCCUGUUGCUUAUGGUUGUAAAGUGGAGUUGUUUCACCUGAAUGUGGAGGCAGUAAACACACACCGUGACCGACCACUUGGUAAAUCUUGGACGGGCCCAGCCCCUCUGAUGCUGCGGCGGAAUAGUUACACCCCCCUGUCCAGUCACGACCAGGUCAAACGCCCGCGUCUGUACAGCGCAGGGAACCGGCCCUGGCUGCCUCUGGCGCCGUCCCCCUCCGGCCUGCACUUCCCCAAUACACCUGAUGGGGUUCUGCUGCAAAGCCAAUCCCGGGUAGCAGGCGGUUGUAUGAACCCUUGUGUGAAGGAAUCGACUCUGACAGCUCAGAAGAAGCUGCUGACUGCUUCCGCUUCUGAAUAGCCCAACAGACUCUCAAUAGCCGACGUCACGCACAACUUAACACAACUACUACUACUCUUUACGGCCCUGCCAGCUCCAUCCAUGACUGGACUACAUUUUCCAUCAGCCCACUGCACAGGAAGUCCAAGAACUCUGCAUAUUUGCAUGUGCCCUCUAAAGAGCUAAAAUGUUUGUUUAUAGCAACAUGUACAAUGUAUAGAAGCCAGGCUGUAAUGAUCCUUAGCGUGGGAUGCCUUAAUGUAAAAGACGGCUCUUGGGUGAUGCCAUGUUUCUAAAAGUGAAUGUAUUGUUUUAAAUAUAGGUGAACAGGUCAAAGGCCACACAUUUUAAUGUAAUAUUCGGUAUGUCUUGUGUUGAGUAUUUCAAAAUUACAUGUACACUAAAGAUGUACUGAGCCUGGAUGGCAUUAAAAUUUAGCUAAUGAAAUUUAGCUUCUACGGAUUAGCUUCUACGGAUUCUAAACUGCUGAAAAUGUAAUAUUAUUAUGAAGCAUUAUCAUUGUUACACUAACAAAGUCAUCUCAAAUACAUUCACAAUUUUUUCUUUAGGAUCAUAUUUUACAACCAGAAGCCAGUACUAUUAGCAGAAGAUUACAGAAAGGUAGCAAGUUUUCAAUAAUGGUAAUACAAUUUUUAAACACAUUUUCGAUAUUUUAAUAUCACUUAUUCAGUCGGCAACUAUGUGCCGGUAUCCUGAGCUUCAUAUUUUAAAACCUGAGUAACAUACAGGCAUGACACAUAUGAUAUCAUAUUAAACUGUUUAAUCUACUAUUAAGUAUCAGUGAGUAAUCCAGCUCAGAAAAACAGUUAGCAUCUUGGGCCAACAUUGUUGAGGUGGCAGCUGUGUUUUGUUUGCUGUUCUUUGCCCAGGUUGAUCUGGCAGCUACAUGCCAGUUUUCAAAGCUUCAUAAUUAAAGACUUGAGUGAACUAUAAACAUAAUACACACAUCAUAUCUAACAAUCUAACAAAUGGUUAUCCUACUCAGUAAAAGAGUAAAAUGGAAAUAUGGCUAAAAUUCACCCAACCUGCCCAUGAUAAAAUUGAGAGAAAAUCUCAAUAUAUAAUAACCAAAUAACACACAUAACUGUAAUAACUAAUACUAGGAAGCUCUGCUCCUGUUUCUGUUGUUUACUUGCUGACAAUUCACAACUGCUAACUGACAAUCACAUCAGUCAGCACUGAGCUAUUAUCUAACAUCUUUAAUUGUUGACCAGAUGAAAUAAAAUAUGAAAUCAUCUCAUUGGUAAAAAGGGUAUAACAGUACACAGAGUGUUUCCACAUGCAUCCCCAACAACUGACUCAUCGUCCAAUGAAAAAUUAUAUCAUAAGGUGCUAAAGCUAAAACAUCAGAUAAAUACUUAGGUACGUGUGCACAUCAGGCAUUUACUGUGCAAUUGUAAUGUUUUCGGGUGACACAAGUGUGUAAAAUUACUGUAUUUACCCUAAUAGUGCGCGACAUGUUCAGUGACCCUGAACUGUAACGGUCCAGAACAAAUACACGUGCCAUUACACUCCUAAGUGGUAAACAAUUUAUUGUUUACCAUCAUAUUAUGGGCCUGCCCGAACUCUUAUAUUAUUGAAGAGGAGAGCUUAAACAAUUUAGCUGAUUUUUUUUUCCCCCACAAAAAAUGACCUUUGACCAAAGAUAAACUACACUACUACUUGGUCUUGCAUUGUUUUAGAGCAUUUUAGGAAUAAAGCCACUCCACACACGGCCUGAACAGAAGCUUAUGUGUAACACAUAAAUAGGUAAUAUGUUUAACAUAGUCCAAACAAGGAGAGACGCACAAAUUGUUAUCUAAAGAAAUGUUACAUAUGUUAUGUACUGUUAUGUAUGUUAUACAGACCCAUUGUGUUUUUGUUGUUGUUUUCCAGUUUUGCUACUAAAUAUGUUUGUUUCCCUGUUAUAUUUGGGGUUGGGUUAAUGUGAAGUUGUAAGCUGUGAAAGUUUGUUGAUAGAUAAAUUGUAUUUAAUAUUAUAUCAUUGUGGCAUAUCAGCAAAAAGCUCUAUAUUACAGGCUCUAUUUUAGAUACAGAUAAAAUUGUACAUUUAUUGCAAAUAUAUCAUAAUAAGUGUAAUCUACUAUUAAUCACUAGAUUAACACUACCUAAUCUAUCUAAUAUCUGCCUGAUUGAUUCAUGUAACUGUGCUGCAUGUAUGAUCUUCUUGAAUAUGUCUUUAAAUGGCUUUGUGCCUUUGGGCGGACAGGACCGUGUCCAGUGCCGGUAUUCAUCAAAAUGGGCCUUACUGUGUCUAGGCUUUUAGCGUUAAAACAUUUAUGUGCCAUUAAAUCAAACGUAGUGCAUAGUGCAUGCUUUGACCAUGAAUGUGUUAUUUGAAAAUGUUGCUGUUUACUGAAUGGAAGUGUUUAUAAGGCUGUAUAAACCUUUCAUGACCGUGACAUAAACCUACAUUUAGCCAGGACAUUUAUAUAGACUUAAAGGUUAUUAAAGUUAUUUUUUUAAAAGUUAUUUCUGCUGGAAUAAGCUGUUAUGUCAUUGUCAUAAAAACUACAGCUUACUCAGUGAAUCCUGCAAAAAAAAAUCCAGCUCAUAAAAAUCUCUUAUUCCAAUCGGGGCUCCACAUGGUCCAGCAGGCUAAGUGCUGCCACUAUGAUCAGGAGAUAGCCUGUUCGAAUCCUGUUCAUGUAGCUUGCCAUCAACUACCAGAGCCCUGAGAGAGCACGAUUGGCCUUGCUCUCUGUGGGUGGGCAGAUGGCGUUCUCUCCCCACAUCACUCAAAAGGGUGAUGUCCUCAGCAUAAGGAGUCUGUGAGCUGAUGUAUCGGAACCAAGUCCCUGCGCUUUCCUCCGAGUGUGCUGUGAUGCUACUCGGCAAUGCUGCAUCAGCAGCAGUUUGAAAAGAGGCAAUGGCUGACUUCACAUGUCAGAUGAGGCAUGUGCUAGUCUUCACCCUCCUGCUGUUGGGGCAUCACUAGUGAUAGGGGGAGUCCUAAUGAGAGGGUUGGGUAAUUUGCUGUGUAAACUGGGGAGAAAAUGGGAUUCUCUCAGGAAAAUUAAAAAUAAAAUUAUAAAAACACCUGGCCCCAAAUAAAAAAUAACCUACACUGGGCAAGUGCUAAACUAGCCAACCAGCCUAACCAGUUUGAGCUGUUAUUUUCAGCAGGGAAGGGUUACUAAUAUUCUUUGUUGAUGAGUGCAUUUAAAACUGCUUUGAUACAUAAAAUCAUGUAAUUUUUUCAUGUGUUUGACUGGAAUAUGGCACUGUUUGCUUUCAAGAACUGUACAUUAAACAUGCUGUAUUUAAAGCUCUUGAAAAAUGAA